CGAAAAGGCGGUUCCGACGCAGAUGGCAGCAACAGAAUAGCGACGCAGAUGGCAGCAGCAGAAUCGCGACGCAGGUGGCGCAGUGCGUGUACGCGCUAGAUCGCGAGUAAUCAUCGCGCUCGCUGGAAAGUAAUUAUAGAAGUGGUCGAGGACGAAAGACUAAGUACAAAGAUGUGAUGAACUCAUUGGCGGGUGAAUGUAUCGUGCAUUUGUUCAUACAGAUGUUUGUGAUCAACAUCACGCUAUUGGAGAAUUACUGUGAGGUGUAAGCGUAGACAUCACAUGCCUCUCAAGUAGUUCUUCUGCGUUCUUGUUCAUGAUCGUUAUCGAACUCGCAUUUUAAAGAUUUCUUCGCGACUAAGAAUGAAGUCAACGCUACUUGUUCGAUUACAUCGUACUAAUAUCGUAUGCCUCGUUCUUGUAAACUACUACUUAGUUGUUUCUUAUUCUUCGUUUCGUCAUCCUGAAGAUUAUCGCAGAGGCACACAUUUCCUACACUAAUGCAACUAAGAUGUUAAUGUUUAUUUGGUCAAAAUUAUGAAUAACGGACCUCCAUCAUGAUACGCAGGCACAAUGUUAGUAUCGUUUGACGAUGCAAAUCAUCUUCUCUCUCUCUCUUCACGAUCUUCACGAUUCAGCAUAAGGAUAAGAAAUUCGUGCAAAUUGAAAGUCAAAUUCUUAGUGAAGAAACUGAGUCAGUGUCAGCUAGACCUAUAUUUGUGGCAGAACCAAAAGAUUCUAGGGAGGAUCCUAGAAACUGAGUCAGCUAGAUUUGUGGCAGAACCAGAAGAUUCUAGCGAAGAUCUUGCGGCCUCCGCGAUUUCGUUUUCAUCGGAAUCGGAAGAGCGACAAAACAAAGCGCGUCUAGUAGCACCAGCAGCGGCGGAGGCAGCUGCAAGCUACUUCCGCGUCGUCUGA